CCGGGCCACCUAACCCAGCAACAGACCGGAAAAGACAGGACAAGACAAGAGACAAGCAAUAGAGACCAGCUACGGUAUGCAAAAUUUUCACAGCAAAACGAGAGACCGCAAAGAAGGAAAAAAACCAGACGUGCGGGUGGGUCCCUGCAUCCAAAUGGGUCCGAUAGAGUGGUACACCCCCACUUGGCGGUGUCCCGGAAGCCAAUGGGAAGCAGCCAAGACCCAGCUAAUAUGAUGGCCAGCUUCUCGGUCGCAAUCAAACCGGGCCGAAUCGGGCAUGCGGCUCCACCAGCACCGGAGUUUCUGAGCAAGAAAAUUCCCACUUCUGAGACGCAAGCAGGUUUGCGCCGCGUCGGCUGGAAGGAGGGAAGCUUCCCCAAUUGUGUUCUGUUGCUGUGCUCCUGGUCUGCUCCCUCGGGAAAUGCCUCACCGACUCAUCGUAUUGGGUAUCUGCCGUUUUGGGACAACCCGGCUCCGUACGGAGCGCCUUUCGCCGGGGAAACGCGCGACGAUCCGUAGCUCCCUGAGCUAGCUCGCAAAUAGCACAGAAAUGUUAGUCCACACAGUUCUGGCGCUAUGGUAGAAAAAAAAAAACGACAUCCCCCAAUGCCUC